CAAGGAACAUUGUUGAAUUUCCAGUUCUCUUUGUUGGCUAAAGGGGGGCCAAGGCAGAGACACAGAGUGUGUAGGUGUCAGGGAGACUGACUACAUAAGAAUUUAGUAUGUGACCACCUGGGAAUCCCGUACCUCUCUAUAGGGGAUAGGCACUAGAGGCUGAUUUUCUGCAAACUGGGAGGGUAAAUCCCUCACCUCUCCAGUGACAAACAUGGUGGGGAAGUCGGCAAAUACCACCGCCGCCACUACAAUAUACGCAACCGCCACCAAAGAGCCUGAAUCGUGGAUAGAAAGUAUCUUGAACAAGAUCCCAUUGCCACGAUGGGCCAUAUAUGCUCUGGCUGGUGCGGCUCUGUUCAUCAUCCUUCUCUUUAUCAUCUGCAUUUGUUGUUGCUGCUGCAAAAGUAAGAAAAAAAAGGAAGGAAAGAAGGAUAAAGGAAAAAAAAUCGACAUGGAUAAAGUGCCGAGUGACAUGACUUCGCAACUGGUACAGCCUGGAACAGAGAACUCGCAGAAAGGAGAGAAGGUGGAAUAUCUGGGCCGUGUGCAGUGCUCACUGGAAUACAAUUUCCAGACAGAGGAGCUAACAGUCGGGGUUAAGCAGGCGGCUUCUCUAAAGGCAAUGGACCUUGGGGGGACAUCAGACCCCUAUGCCAUAGUAUAUGUGACCAACGAUACCCGUAAAAAAUAUGAGACCAAAGUGAAUCGCAAGACACUGAAUCCUGUGUUUAAUGAGUCUUUCAUCUUCAAGGUAACACAAGAAGAGGUCCCAAGGUCAACGGCCGUGGUGCAGAUCUAUGACUUCAACCGCUUCUUAAAGCAUGAUGUGAUCGGGGAGAUGAGCAUACCCUUGGCAGAAGUAAAUUUGCAGCAUGUCUUAGAAGACUGGAAAGAACUGGGCCCUGCUGGGAAGACUGAGCAUGAGCACUUGGGAGACAUUUGCUUCUCUUUGAGAUAUGUCCCUAGUAAUAAGAAACUCAAAGUCAUCAUACUAGAGGCGAAGAACCUUAAGAGGAUGGACUCUGAUGGAUUCUCAGAUCCAUAUGUGAAAGUUCACCUGGCCCUUAACAAGAAGAAAUGGAAGCGGAAAAAGACAGCAGUGAAGCGGAGUACUCUGAAGCCAUACUUCAAUGAAUCCUUUACUUUUGAUGUGUCCCUAGAACAAAUGAAGAAAAUAGACCUGAUCAUAUCUGUGUGGGAUCAUGACAAAGUGGGAAAGAAUGAACAAAUUGGAAAAUUGUUUUUGGGGUGCCGAGCCUCUGGAAACGCUUUGCAGCAUUGGUCCGACAUGCUGGCUCACCCCCAACGACCCAUAGCGCAGUGGCACAAGCUACAGGAGACACGGGAGGUGGACAAAAUUCUUGACCUCAAAAGGAACCUAAAACCAUCUCUUCUCAGAAGCUUACCAUAAUAAAUGAAUGUUCUGAAAGGCAUCUUCAUCCUACAUCGCUGGAUGGUUAUUAUAAAGACUGUAUAUGACUGGGAUUGAUUACAACACAGUGGGUAACAUACAUCAUGUGAUUUAUUGGGCGAUUCCAUCAAUGAGAUCUAUUGCACAGCUCAGGGACAUACUGCAGGAAAGAACCCCAAAUCUGGUCUUCUGUGAGCCUCCCUUAGAUCUCUGUCUAUGCAAGCUCAUACAUCUGCAUAUUUAAGAUGCUGAUUUGGUCCCUUCAGACCAAGAUGGCAGCUUAUCUGCCCAUACAUGGGCCCUCUCUGAUAGAUAUCUAUUGUGCAGGUCUGAACAUUCCAUCAGGACAAGGAUCACAUCAGUGUGUUGAUGAGAGCUUGCACUGGCCUCAAUUAUACAUGAUACAAUAGUUGGCCUGGGGGCCAAACAAUUUGAUCAGCCCGAUUUGGCCCAGCACAGAGGUGUCCAUGUUGGGCAAAGAUUUGCUCAUUUGGCAACCUCCUCAAACGAGUGGAUCUUCCAAUGUAUGGCCAGCUUUAGAGAUGGAAGAAGAUCCAGUGAAUAUCUACCAGAGCUCCAGCUGUCAUUUGGCUGUUAUCUAACAUAAGGAGAUUACUUGGCAGUCUUUGCUUCCCCUUAUUACUUAGUAAUGAAAUAUUAGAAGAGUAAACAUUAGUAAUGUGUGAGUCAGUAUAUAGACAACCCAAACCUGACCCAUACCUGCCUACUGUCAACCCAGCCCCAAUGUGACCUGAUAUUUCUUCAUGAUUUGUGAACUUGUGAAAACUGCUCCUUUCAGAUAUGGGUGGGGUAUUGCAGGCAAGUUAGUGGAGGGGUUGGGACAGGGCUGAUGUCCCCAGAGCAGAGAGUUGGGGGGCGGUAAUGUCAUUUAUAGGGAAGGGUUAGUCUUGCCACCUAACAGUGACCCACUACAAGAGCAAUUUGAAGGCUCUAACAUGCCCAACACCUGGUAUUGGCAUGACUUGGACACCACUAGUAGAUAUAGAGCUUGGUUUCAUGCAAUGGUUGCCAAGGUCAUUAAACAUAAUUAUAGCCACCCCUGUUUAUUUAAAGUGCAAUACAGGCAACCUAAAAUUCUAUAUUCAAUAACAACACUUUGACUGAUGUUCCACUGACUCUCACUGGAGGAUCCCUUUGCAAUAGUAUAGAGUUAGGGGAAACAAAUGAGUUAGAGGGGUUAUAUCUCCUUUAGUCUUCUCUUUUCCCCUUUAUUCUCCAAUGUAAAUCACUAAGUAGCAGCUCACAUCAUGAAAAAGAAAGAGCAGAUGUGUCGGUGGAGAUGCCCCAACCUCAACAAACAGAGAAAACACAGCGGGGGUUAUUUAAAUUAUAUAUUCAUUAAUCUGUGAUUGUAAAUGUUCAAUACGUUUGAUUUCCAUUCUCUUGAUUUCUUUAGCUUUCAUUCUCUGGUGUAAUAUUAGAUCAAUAAAUAAACAUUUGUGUGUAUAUCUUUAUAUAAUACACAAAAGCCAUGAA